CGCAACUCUUGUUUACAAGCAGACGCACGCUCCCCCCUCGGAUAAUUGUUUUUCAAGAGGAGUUUUCUUUAAAUGUUAAUUGUUUAAAAGAUGUGAAUAGUACAAAAGCUAAAUAUUUAUAUUAUUUGUUGAUCGAUUUCUGGUUUCACAGUGUGAUUUUUACAGCGUUUCUUUCCUUCUUUUUUAUUCUUUGAUUUUUUUGUUGUUGUUUGUUUGUUUGUUUAUGUAAUAUAUGUGGGUUGGUACAAUUCACUACACAUUGUGGAGGAUUAAUGUUGUUAUUGUCGUUUUGUUGUUAAUCAUAAAUCAAAAUAAAGGAUUUUUUUUAAAGCAGUACGCUGUACUAUAUAAACUGAUCUUCGCAAAAUGUCUGAUGUUUUGGGUUUUGGCCCGACCGAAUGCGCAUGCGUCGAAGUGCUCUCGUGAACGCGCACCAUUGACUGACAAGCCAGAUGAGAAUAUAUCGAUUAUAGUCGUUUUUUUGGUUUGAUUUUCGAACAUGAAGUAUUCUCGUCGCUUCAAAAAAAAAUCAAUUGAGCCACUAUGAGCGGAUGGAUCAAUUUCACGAUAUCUUUUGUACUUUUCUGGACCUUGACAACAACUAUAACCAUGAUGUCUCUGAGGAGGCCUGGAAAUCUCUCGGAUGUCACCUAAAAUAUCUUUAUUGGUGUUCCGAAGAUGCCGGGAGGUCUUAAAACAUGUUGAACGUCAUGUGGACCCUUCUGUCAAACUCCUGAAGUUUGCAGAUGACACCACAGUCAUUGGCCUUAUUCAAGACGGUGAUGAAUCUGCUUACAGAAAGGAGGUUGCUCAGCUGGCUGCCUGGUGUAGUCAAAACAACCUAGAGCUGAAUGCAUUCAAGACAGUGGAGAUGAUAGUGGAUUUCAGAAGGAACCCUCCAUCACUUCCUCCCCUCACCAUCCUGGACAGCACUGUGGAUACUGUGGAGUCAUUCAGGUUCCUGGGCUCCACCAUCUCUCAGGACCUGAAGUGGGAGUCCCACAUAGACUCCAUUGUAAAGAAGGCCCAGCAGAGGUUAUACUUCCUCCGUCAAUUGAGGAAGUUCAACCUACCACAGGAGCUACUGACCCAGUUCUACUCAGUGGUCAUCGAAUCUGUUCUGUGCACUUCAAUUACUGUUUGGUAUGGCUCGGCCACCAAAUCAGACCUACGAAGACUACAACGGACAGUUCGUAGUGCUGAGAAAAUUAUUGGUGCUCCUCUGCCCACACUUCAGGACCUGUACGAUUCCAGAGUGAAAAACAGGGCAAGAAAAACCAUCAUUGACUCCACACACCCAGCACACAAACUUUUUUAACUGUUACCCUCUGACCGGCGCUUCAGAGCACCUAACACCAAGACUUCCAGACACAAAAGCAGCUUCUUCCCCCAGGCAAUCUCCCUCCUAAACAGAUAACUGCUACCUAAGAGCAAUAUUCCACUUUCACUACUGCUAUAGUGUGCACUAUAGUGCCGUAUUAUAUGUAUGUUUUAUUUCUAAAUGUAUAUAACACAUUUGCACAAGUGUACAUACAAUCUGUUAAUAUGUAUAUUCUACUACAGUAUAUACUACCCUGUACAAUGUCUCUUAUAUGUUAUUAUCCCACAUUUCCUGUACAAUAGUCGUUUAUUUUAUAUUUGCAUAUUUUAGAAUCUUUUAGACUGUAAAUCUUAUUAUUGUAUUGUCAUUGUGUUGAAUGUCUGUACUAGAAGCUUCCAGCACCAAAGAAAAUUCCUUGUGUGUGCAAGCACACUUGGCUGGCAAUAAAGCUCUUCUGAUUGUGAUAAUCUGCAGCGCCGCUUGAAGUAGAACAAACCUACUCACUGUCUGGUUCACUACCAAUUAUGUUCCGUAUAUUUACAACACCAUUGGAUUAAAGUGCUGUCAAUUUCACAACCAAUGCUCAACGCCAUUGGAUACACUGACUAUACGCGGUGACGCGGAAUACACAGCUUAAACAGGAGAAGCGCGAUUUCGCAGACUGCAGACCACGUCUAUGUUCCUGUAAGUAUUAAAUUAAGUAUGAAAUACGUUAAUGUAUGUUGAAAGCUUGGUUGUGUUAUUCAGCCGCGACGCAUCACCACCGCUUAAAAUAGAAAUCGUUAUGUUACGUUUCUUCCUGUUGUUUCAAAGAUUAAAGGCACAAUCACUGCAGUAACGUGGUAAAGGCUAAAAUCCUUUAGGGUUUUAAUGCUGCGUUCCUACCAAACGCGAAUGAUUUACAUGUUAAGUCCAUGCAAAUACGCGCGAAUUGAGCGUUUCGGGCGUUUGACGCGUGAUUCGCGCGAGUUGAAAAAUCUGAAUUUUGGCGAUAAUUCGCGUCGGAGCGAGCGGAGGCAGAAAUCCGAAACAACAAUGGAGGACGAAAUCAUCGUCGCUGUAAUGUGGAUACCCGGAGCUGUACGAUACAUCUUACUUUUAUCGAAACGGGAAUAAAAAGCAUCUUGCUUGGAAGAAAGUGAGUGAGGAGGUCGGACAAUCUGAUAAAUUGUAAAAAACGAUCUUUACUCAAUUUGAGGGCUGUCACGAUAAACCGAUGAUUAAUAUCACGUGAUUUAUGCACAGCUUUUGAGUGAAGUACAGGGAAAAUGCUGCUGCAUCCGAAAGCCAGAGGGUGUUCUCGUGCGGAAACUCCAAAUACGCACUGCAGAAGAACACCAUAACACAUUCUAGAAUCUAGGAAAUGCCUGUGGACAUCUUUUUAUCACUGUUACUCAAGUCUCAUCAGGUAUUUUUAUGAUAAUAACGUAUAUUUAUAUCAUGUUUGACGGGUGUUGCUUUUUCAAAAGUACAUUAUAAGCGACUCAAACUCGCACUGCUUUUAGAUCGAGCAGCAUUUCCUACUGAUCCCAGAGCUGUGCUUCACGGACAAGCUACGCAUUAAAAAAAAUCGACACAUUGCAUAUCGCAGCCAGCUCGAUUACAAUAAGAUUUGGUGAUAUCGCGAUAAAUUAUCGUGCAGCCCAGGCUGGAGCCGCCUGGCAGAAACCCUUACAAUAACGCGAAUUCGCGUCUGUUGUGAAGUGAAUUACACGCGCGAAUGAAGCGAGUAAACUCAAAAUGUUCAAGCGUCAUGUGGGAAUGCCCUGUUUCUGACACUUGGAAUUUUAAGAUGUAGAAUAGUAAAUUUGAAUAAACAAACGUUAUUACGUAGUAGAGUCUUAUAUAUUUUUUCGUUUGCAAUGUCCAAGAACAGCUUCACGUUUAAAUGAUUUUGUCUUUAAUCAGAUGAAAAUAUGCUAUUAAAUAUACUAUUUGAGUAGUAUUGAUGUUUACGUUUUUAGACAGAAUUUUGUAGAAAAAAUGAAACGGACACAAAGUCAGGCACAGCAGAAGGACAUUCAAGGUGUCUUCAAGAAACUUCAUAAACAUAAAUUAACCAUAGAAUCGCCCUGGUCUCAACUAGGCACUUAAUCAAAAAUCAGUUUAAUUACUCACUUUCUGCUGUGUCUGACAGUCCCUCUGACGCAAAAGAAGCCAUUUAAUUAUUCACUAACUCCAACUGAACUGAAGUUCAAAACAAAACGGGAAUUUCUUGCAUUAUUAAUCAGAAUCAGAAGAGCUUUAUUGCCAAGUGUGCUUGCACACACAAGGAAUUUCCAUUGGUGUUGGAAGCUUCUAGUACAGACAUUCAACACAAUGACAAUACAAUAUAAUAAGAUUUACAGUCUAAAAGAUUCUAAAAUAUGCAUAUAUAAAAUAAAGACUAUUUUACUAUUUUUUUACUAUUUAAAGCUAGACUUGUUAUUACCACUGGUGGGAAAAUCGAAGUUCGCUGAAAUUCGAACCUUGAACUGUCACGAACAUCAAAAUACAGCUUUUCUUUACGUUAAACUAUUUAACAAAAUGUCAUGUUUUCAGGUUAUUUGAACUGUUUAUAGGUGAUAUAGGCGAUUAACCAUGAUUUUACUAAAGUUUACUAUGAUAUUUGAAGUAAAACGCAUAUGUUUAUCGCAAAAUGCUUCGUUGUAUUUAAUUACAGAAGUUUUUUAUGUUAUGUAAUUUGCUCAUAGUAUUACUAAAGUAUAGUAUUAUUAAAGUUAUUGUAAAGUUUCACUUUAAUCCACAAAUAAUAGCUGUAUAUUUAAAGUUGUUUCUAGACCGCACAACAAAAAAUGUAUUUGGUUAAUAUUUACUGAGAAUCAAUGUCUUGAAAGGUUUGUUUCAUUGGUGACAAUAGCCUAACAGUGAAAACGCCCAUUAGUGUUAAUGGAGCUGUCAGGCUUCUGCUGAUUUUCAUGAAAGCUUUUUAUUUCAGUACUAACAGGCACAUCAGUGUUAACAGCUGUCAUUAUUCUAGGCUGAUCUAGGUUCCCAUUUUCACCUAUUUCAUUCAGUGUUGAAAUGUCUUAAGCUUAAAAUAGUGGUGAUAUCUCAAGCUCUCAUGUAAAUUUCCUUACAAAACAAAUGUUUGUGUUUUGAAUAGGCUGUGGUAAAUGCCAAAUUUGAUAUCCGUCAUUUAAAGCAAGUCUUUUUUAGGGGUUUUGCUAUAAUCUGAUUGGAAAUAGGUUGGGGCCUAGUUGUAAUUGGUCAAAUCUACUGAAUUUAGUUACUGAAUUGAGCUGUUAAACUUAGUUGUUGAGUGCAUCAAAUUUAACAGAAAUUAUUUUGAAUUAAAUAUAUUUUUAUUGUGAAUCAAAUAGAAUUGAAUCAUUUUGAUUCACAAUCAGACAAUACGAUCUUCAAUUUGCUGUCUACCCAAAGAUUCACACCCCUACAGUCAAUCUCUGCAUACACUCUUAAAAAUACCUCUUAAAAUACACUCUUAAAAAUCACCUUUCUAUUUCGCAAAAUGUUCUUUGUGGCGAAAAAAUAGUUUUUUGGAUUAUAAAAAGUUAAGAAAGAUAUGGUUCUUUAAAGAACCUUUAACUGAAUGGUUCUUUGUGGAACCAAAAAUGGUGGUUCUAUGGCAUCGCUCUGAAGAACCUUUUAAGCACCUUUAUUUGUAAGAGUGCAUAAUAUGUGUUCACUGUAAAAAAACAACUAGUAGGAUUUAGAUAUUUUUGGGGGGUUUAUUUGCACAAGUUUUGCACCCAGUUUUUUAAGUACAUUUUUCCUUACUAUGUUUUUGUAAAGUUUUUUUUCACAGUUUCACACAUUUUGUGAAAGGUUUUUUUAAGUAAACUUAAAAAUAAUGUAAAUCCUGCUCGUCGUUUUGUACAGUGUUAUUUUUGUAAUUUGUUUGUGGUAAAUGUUAUUGGUAUUUGAUAUAGUGUAUAGCAUCUUGGGCAACAAUUGUUGUUUUUAGUGAUGCUACACUCAAAAAAAUAGUUCAUGUGGCUUAGUAAAUAUCACAAAAAUAAAGUUAUAUUAACUUAAUAAAAUCUUUUAAAAUCAUUUAACUGAAAUUUCCAGUGGGACAUAUAAAAAAUGAUUCAAAUUCCAACAGUUAAUGUCCUCUAAAAUUGACAUAUAUUAAGUUUAUUUAAUAAAAAACAAGUAUCAAAUUAAAUUAUAUUUUUAAUAUACACUUAAUAUUUUUGGUGAAUUCUAAUAUAAAUAUUUGAGUUACUUCGAUUUAAUAAAGCUGAGUUGUGUUGAGUUACUGACAAUGUCUCUCUAACAUCUCCAGAUCACAACUACAGUUCACCUCAGCAGUGAUUCACGCCUUCAGUAAAGCUCCUCCUACAGCAAUCCACCAAUAAAUGCCAGAAACCAAGGAGAAGAAAAAUCACUCCAGGUGUACAACUGAGUUCUUCAUACUGUUGUUGGAGUUGGUGGAAGAGAAGUUUGAGAACAUGAGAGAUCCAGAACUAUCCAAAAUGGAAAUGGAAGUGACCAAAGAACAAAUGAGAUAUGAUGGAAGUGAAUAGGGAGAGUAAAGCUAAGGUACAAGAUGCUGAUAAGAAACGCCAGCAUGCACAAAAAUCCCAGAAUGUUUCACAAAAAGGAGCUCGGAGAACAGGAGACGUGGAAAGAGUGGAAAAGAGAGCAUGUCGACAGUGUGGAAAGAGUUUUAUCUCUACGAAUGGCCUUAAAGAACACAUGAAACUGCACACCGGAGAGAAACCAUUCACAUGUCAUCAGUGUGGAAAGAGUUUAGCAAGUAAACGUAGCCUUAAGUCGCACAUGAGAAUUCACACUGGAGAGAAACCAUUCACGUGUCAUCAGUGUGGAAAGAGUUUAGCAAGUAAAGAUAGCCUUAAGUCGCACAUGAGAAUUCACACUGGAGAGAAACCAUUCACGUGCCGCGAGUGUGGAAAGAGUUUUACAUUUGAUACUAGCUAUAAGCAGCACAUGAGAGCUCACACUGGAGAGAAACCAUUCGCAUGUCAACAGUGUGGUACGAGUUUCGUAAAUCAAAGUCACCUUAAGAGGCACAUGAGAAUUCACACUGGAGAGAAACCAUUCACGUGCCGCGAGUGUGGAAAGAGUUUUACAUUUGAUACUAGCUAUAAGCAGCACAUGAGAGCUCACACUGGAGAGAAACCAUUCGCAUGUCAACAGUGUGGUACGAGUUUCGUAAAUCAAAGUCACCUUAAGAGACACAUGAGAAUUCACACUGGAGAGAAACCAUUCACGUGCCGCGAGUGUGGAAAGAGUUUUACAUGUAACAAUAACUAUAAGGCACACAUGAGAAUUCACACCGGAGAGAGACCUUUUACAUGCCAACAGUGUGGACAGAGUUUCGUACAUUCAAGUUACCUUAAUAUUCACAUGAGGUCUCACACCGGCGAGAAACCAUUUGCUUGCCAUCAUUGUGAAAAGAGUUUUAAAAGUGCGGGAGAAAUUAAGACGCACAUGAGAAUUCACACCGGAGAGAAACCGUUUGCAUGCCUUCAGUGUGGAAAGUGUUUUGCACUCUCAGGUCACCUUAAGCUACACGUGAGAACUCACACGGGAGAGAAACCAUUUGCAUGUCAACAGUGUGAAAAGAGGUGUACGAGUACAAGUCACCUUUAUAGACACAUGAGAAUUCACACCGGAGAGAAACCAUUUUCAUGCCAUCUGUGUGGAAAGAGUUUAGCAAGUAAAGGUAGCCUUGAGGCACACAUGAGAAUUCACACCGGAGAGAAACCAUUCCAAUGCCAACAGUGCGGAAAGAGUUUUACAUGUAAAAAUACCCUGGAGUUACACGUACGAACUCACACUGGAGAGAAACCUUUCCAAUGCCAACAGUGUGGACAGAGUUUUGCAUCCCAAUGCAACCUUAAGAGACACACGAGAACUCACACUGGACAGAAUCAAGUGUUCACUUGCAACGAGUGUGGAAAGAGUUUCACAGUGAAAUUGAGCCUUGAGUCGCACAUGAGAAGACACGCUGGAAUUAAACCUUUUGGAUGUCAUAGGUGUGGAAAGAGUUUCACUACUAAGGCUGACCUUAAAAGACACAUGAGUACUCACCCUGAAGAGAAUUCGUAAACGUGCUACGGGUGUGGAAAGAGUUUCUCACCUGUGUUUUCACUCUGGAGGAAAGCAGUUGAACUGAUCAGUGCAGUUCAAAGUUGAAUUCUGCGUCAACAUGCAACUGGUGCACUGUUUUGUGGCCUGUUUCAAAGCUGAUGAUAUGUAAAAAAGUUGAUUUUGUUAAAUUUCCUCUGUAAUGAAAAUUAAUUUUUUUAAGUUGUUUAUAUGUCUGUGUGGUGUUUUUAAAGUCCUAUUUUGAAUUAGCCUAUUUAAAUUCCUAUUUUUUCAUGAAAUAUUGCUGUGUUUGUUGUAAAUAGCAUAUCAGUGCGGCGGGUCAGUCUCUUUUGAAAAUUUGUGCCCUCAUCAUUUUUUUUCAGCCUAGUAUAAUAUGGAGUUUUUUUGUAUCUUUUUUAUUCAAUCAAAGAUUCUGUGUUCGAGAGUAAAAUUAAUUAUUUUGUAAUUAAAAAAAUAAAACAUCGCAAAAA